AUGCCGUUCAGCAACACCCACAACAAGUACAAGCUGAAGUUCUCGUCGGAGGAGGAGUUCCCCGACCUCAGCAAGCACAACAACCACAUGGCCAAGGUCCUGACCCCCGCUCUCUACCAGCGCCUGCGGGACAAGGAGACCCCCAGCGGCUUCACCCUCGAUGACGCCAUCCAGACCGGCGUCGACAACCCCGGGCCGUACUGGGACCUGGUGUCCAGUGCCCAGUGCCUGCAGCAGCAGCUCAUUGACGACCAUUUCCUCUUCGACAAGCCCGUCUCACCCCUGCUGCUGGCCUCGGGCAUGGCCCGUGACUGGCCCGACGCCCGUGGCAUCUGGCACAAUGACAACAAGACCUUCCUGGUGUGGGUGAAUGAGGAGGACCACCUCCGUGUCAUCUCCAUGGAGAAGGGGGGGAACAUGAAGGAGGUGUUCAGGCGCUUCUGCGUCGGCCUCAAGAAGAUCGAGGAGAUCUUCAAGAAGGCAGGCCACCCCUUCAUGUGGACAGAACACCUGGGCUACAUCCUGACCUGUCCCUCCAACCUCGGGACAGGGCUGCGGGGGGGUGUCCACGUACGGCUGCCCAAGCUCAGCCAGCACCCCAAGUUUGAGGAGGUCCUCAAGCGUCUCCGCCUCCAGAAGCGUGGCACAGGCGGCGUGGACACGGCAGCCGUGGGCGCCGUCUUCGACAUCUCCAACGCCGACCGCUUGGGCUUCUCGGAGGUGGAGCAGGUGCAGAUGGUGGUGGAUGGGGUGAAACUGCUGGUGGAGAUGGAGAAGAAGCUGGAGCAGAACCAAGCCAUCGACGACAUGAUCCCUGCCCAAAAAUAA